GGCAAGCGGCCAGAGUGCAAGCUAGCAGCUUUGACAGAUGGACACACAGAAUGGAGACGAGCUGACGCACCGUUAUUGUCUGGAUUGUUAACUUUCUUCCUUCAGUGCUAUCUACAUACGACGAUAGAGCGUGGAAGUUAGUUGUGGAACUUUUUGACCCAGUGACUUAGCACGUUGUUUUUUUCAGCAAGUUUGGACGCUGUUACUGCGUAAUUACGCACGAUGCGCAAAGUGAUGGCUCCUCGUCGAAGACAAGAAACAGGAGUACAAGCGGUUUUAUAUGUGUGCCUUUUUAUUUCAGUUUGUUUCUCUUACAAUAUAGACAUAGAACAUCCUGUAGUGUUCCGUGGACCUAAUUCUAGUUUUUUUGGCUACUCCGUGCUGGAGCAUUAUCACGACGACACACGCUGGGUCAUAGUAGGGGCACCCAGGGCCAACUCUACCUACAGUAGUUCUGUACACUCUCCUGGUGCUGUGUUCAAGUGUCGGGUUCACAGCAACCCUGAGCGUCGCUGCACAGAGAUGGACAUGGGACGAGGAAACAAGCCCAGAGAGUCCUGUGGGAAGACGUGCCAAGGGGACAGAGACGACGAGUGGAUGGGAGUCAGCCUGGCCCGCCAGAACAGAGCCGACGGCAGAAUACUGGCAUGCGCUCAUCGCUGGAAAAACGUCUACUACGACUCGGAGCAUAUUCUCCCGCAUGGGUACUGCUCCAUCAUCCAGCCAAAUCUCCAGGGCAGGACGCGGCCCCUCAUUCCUUGUUAUGAAGAUUAUAAGCAGAAGUAUGGGGAAGAGCACGGCUCCUGCCAAGCUGGGAUUGCAGGAGUUUUUAUGGAGGAGCUGGUGGUGAUGGGGGCCCCGGGGUCCUACUACUGGACAGGGACAAUUAAGGUUUACAACCUGACAUCUGACACCUUCUACAGUCCAAACCAAGAUGACGUGAACUCCCACAGAUACAGCUACCUUGGCUAUGCUGUGACUGCAGGACAUUUCUCCUCUCCCAAUGUAAUCGACAUCGCCGCAGGGGCCCCUCAGCACAACGGCAGCGGGAAGGUUUAUAUUUUCAAAAUAGACGGUGUGUCUUUGGUGAAGAGUUUUCAAGCCUCAGGGAAAAUGAUGGGCUCUUACUUUGGCUCCUCAUUGUGUGCAGUUGAUCUGAACCAGGACGGCCUGUCAGACCUGCUGGUGGGGGCACCCAUGCACAGCCAGCUGCGGGAUGAGGGCCGGGUGUCUGUGUACCUCAGCAAGGGCAAUGGCGUGAUGGAGGAGCAGGCCAUGUUAACGGGGGACAAUGCUUACAAUGCUCACUUUGGAGAGUCCAUCUCCUCAAUUGGAGACAUCGAUGAUGAUGGCUAUCAAGACAUAGCCAUCGGAGCGCCCAAAGAGGAUGACUAUGGAGGAGCUGUUUAUAUCUACCACGGGGAUGCCACAGGCAUCAUCAGCAAAUACUCCAUGAAAAUAACUGGGCGCGGUGUCAAUCCUGGUCUCCAGAUGUUUGGCCAGUCCGUAUCUGGCAGCGUGGACAUGGACGGCAAUGGAUACACAGAUGUCACAAUUGGAGCUUUCAUGGCAGACAGUGUGGUGCUACUGAGAUCCCGGCCUGUCGUCACGGUGGAUGUCUCCAUCUUCUUGCCUGUGUCCAUCAACAUCUCUGUACCUCAGUGCCAUGAGAAUCUCCCGAACAUAAACUGCUUCCAUGUCACGGUCUGCAUGCGCUUCCGUGGACGACAACUUCCUGGACAAAUAGAGCUGAUGUACAACCUUACAGCUGAUGUGGAUAAAAGACAAAAGAGCCUUCCUUCCCGCGUCUACUUCAUUCAGAGCGGCUCUCAGGUCAGCCAGAAGAGCCAACAGCUCAGCCUGGACAUCAACAAGGAGGCGUGCCAGCGCUACACGGCCUACGUCAAAAAAGACGCAAAGGAUGUGUUCAAAGCCAUCACGUUCGAGGUGGCAUACAGCUUAGGGAAGCAUGUACUAACCGGACACCAGGAGCGAGACUUGCCCGCCCUCACCCCGGUGCUACGAUGGAGGAAAGGACAGAAGAUUGCAGUGAGAAAUGAGACCUGGUUUGAGAAGAACUGCCUGUCAGACGACUGUGCUGCGGACUUGAGGCUCCAUGGGAAGCUGUUACUCUCCGGGGUGCAUAGCAAGCCCCAUUUGGCCCUGGGCGGGAUAAGAAACGUCUCAUUGAACCUGACCAUCUCUAACGCUGGAGACGAUGCCUACGACACCAACAUCUAUCUCAACUUCUCCAGAGAGGUUUUCUAUAUCAACUUCUGGCAGAAGGAAGAGAAGGGUAUUUCCUGUGAACUUGUCGACUUGGACUUCCUCAAGUGCAGCGUGGGAUUUCCUUUCAUGAGAGCACAGACUAAGUAUCAUUUUGCAGUCCUGUUUGACACCAGUCAACUUUCUGGGGAAAAUGACACAUUGCAGUUCUUGGUGCAAGCAAAGAGCGCCAAUCCUGAACACAAACUCUCUGACAACACUUUGGAUGUCUCCAUCCCUCUUGUUCAUGAGACAGACACAACUAUUACUGGUGUGGUGACACCUAGUUCAUUUGUGUAUGGGAACUCCAUCGACUCCUCACGCUUCAUCCAGAUAGAAGACAUGGAGUGCGACUUUCAGCCGCUUAAUCUCACUUUCCAGGUGAUAAACAACGGGCCCAGUCGCCUGCCAGGGUCCACUGUGGACAUCAGGAUUCCAAACCAGCUGGCUGGCAAUGGAGCCGACAUGUUUCACAUUGUGGAGACACAGGUGGCAGACGGCCGAGGAAACUGCACCUCACACAGGAACCCAACACCGUGCACUGUCCCCCAGGACCGAGAGAGCAUCUUCCACUCUAUAUUUGCCUUCUUCACCAAAUCUGGCCGCAAAGUCUUGGACUGUGAAAGGCCGGGGAGAGCGUGUAUGACCAUCUCCUGCAGCUUGGGACCGCAGCUCAAAGAAGAGGCUUUGAGUAUAGACACCAAACUUCUCAUCAAUACGGAAAUUCUGAAAAGGGACACCUCCUCCGUGAUUCAGUUUGUGGCGCGAGGCCACGUACAGGUGAACGACAGGACUGUGGAGGUGCCGAAAGGCCUGCCAGAAGACAUCUCUCUGAUCUUUGAGGCCCUCCACAGUCAGGAGCCCAGAGGUUACGUGGUGGGCUGGAUCAUCGCCAUCAGUCUGCUGGUGGGGAUCCUCAUCUUUUUGCUCCUAGCUGUGCUGCUAUGGAAGAUGGGUUUCUUCCGUCGGCGGUACCGUGAGAUCAUCGAGGCUGAGCGGAACAGGAAGGACAGUGAUGAAAGCUGGGACUGGAUGGAAAAGAACCACUGAGGCUGGUAGUGGUGAUGGUGGGGAUCCCCGUGGAGCCAGUGACAUUUAGGGAUUGGGUCAGGGGUGGACCCAAUAGCUCAGGGCUCCUUUGCAGCCUCGGUGGCACCAGGCCCGCCAAGCCUUCCAUAUGUGGAAGAAGAAGAAUAUUCUCCAUAUUUUCUGGAGAUUUGUUGUUUUUGUGGGAUGCGGGGGUCCAGGAACUUAUGAGGUGGCCUGCCAGAGGACGUAGAACUCCGCUACCCUCCAGCUGGCAGCAUGGAGCUCUCGCCUGAAGAAUGUAGAUACCGGUGGAUGACAAAAACCUCAGGGCUGUUUAUUUUUUUUUAUACACUUUAAGCCAUAUUGUUCAAAAGCGGGCUACGGAGGCUGAAGUCCACAGUAGGUUUUCCUUAAAAGCACUGAUGUCUGAUGCUCCUCAAUGCCUCAUACACGGAUCACAAUGUUCUCACAAAAUGAGUACAUAACCUGACACAAACAUUAGGUACACCUGCACAUUCUAAUGAGAGCUGUGUAGCAUAUAACUAAAUAUAAUAAGUAAAUAUAAUACGUGCGAAAAUACAUUUUUGACCCUGCCCUAUAUGGCAACAGGUUUAAUUUCUGGUUCUAUAGUUAUAUUCACAGUUAUUUAUCAUCAAAAUGCCAAAGAAAAAGCACAACACAUUUGUGGAGUCAAGUUUUUAGUUGGUCACAACGCUUUUGUUUGAUUGUCAGACAUAUUUUUUUCUCCCCUUUACAUUUUACCUAUAUUAGAAAGACACAAGCAUGAUACAACUGGGUCUUCUUAGAUUGUGCAGGUCUCCCUAGUAUUGUGUCUUGGUGGAUGUAAAUUCUCAAUGAAAUGUUUCUCUGAGAUUCUAAUUUACGUGUGAGCUGAGACUGAAUGGCGGACAGCUGAGCAUAUUCAGUUUUACUAUGAUGUUAUUAGAUGUUCAGUAUGAAACCUGAGCUCAGCCAGAUGUGUGUGUGUGUGUGUGUGUGUAUGUGUGUGUGUGUGUGUGUGUUAGAGAGAGACUGGAUUCCGUCACAGCGGGGGGUUCUUUAGUGUGAGUAAUACCCUAAAAAUAGGCAUACAGUACACAUUAACGAGCUGUUUGGGGCUCGUUUUCAGUGCAACAUGAGCAAACUUUACCAAGAUGAAAAUGAUUCGCCUGCAUUAAAAGUGUUAAAUGCCCCUUCCAACGUGUUGUGACUGGUGGGCUAUUGACUUUAUGUUGAUCACAGUGAAAAUAAAUGUAUAUAAACUCUCCCCUCAAAAUGUAACUCAAAGUAUUCCCUGCAAAAUGACAUUUUUGUUGUAAUCCCAUAUUAAUCUAAUCCCGCCCCACCCACCCUUAAAAAAUAUACAGCGUGUUUGCAUCAAAUGAUUUAGGGAACUGAAAUGUGCAAUGCCAAAGAGCUAUUUCUCGCAGACUGCAGUGUCCGGGCUCACGAUGAUUGUCAAACUUCCUGUUGUGUUUUAUUGUUGUCAUCCACUUUAUUGUGUUGCCUAUGGAUUCCACUGGCAUGACGGCAUAUACUGUAUACCUUCACAGUCCAUCAUGCAAUGCAGAGACAAGAGACACUUCAUAUUGUAUGGUGGAGUCAGUUUGAACUGUGAUGGAUGUAUUUUUGGUGGUUUGCUGUCACCGUUAAGUCACGCUCUUUGGGUUUUUUUUUGUUCUGAAUAUACUACUGUCACUGAAUAUCAUACACAUUAUAGAGUGGAUUUUUUUUUAAGAAAUGGGGUAAAGUUGUGUAUUUAUCUAAUGAUA